AUGUCUAUCUCUUGCACAAGAAACUUCUUCGAAAGAUUCUGCGUCGAAGAAUACAAUAUGGAUACAAUCAAACGAAGUAGUUUCCUCUCUGUUGAUCUUUUACCAUCUCUUGGAGCAAGAAUAAACCAAUCAACUAAGCUCCGUAAACACAUAAUCUCUCCUUUCGAUCCACGUUUCAGGGCAUGGGAGAUGUGGUUGGUCAUUCUUGUGAUUUACUCAGCUUGGAUUUGUCCUUUUGAGUUUGCAUUCAUUACCUACAAGAAAGACGCGCUUUUCGUUAUCGACAACAUUGUGAAUGGCUUCUUUGCUAUUGACAUCAUUCUCACCUUCUUCGUCGCGUAUCUAGAUAGUCACUCUUACCUUCUAGUCGAUAAUCCGAAGAAAAUAGCUAUACGGUAUCUUUCUACUUGGUUCGCCUUUGACGUCUGCUCAACAGCUCCAUUUCAGUCACUGAGUCUUCUUUUCAAUUACAAUGGAAGUGAAAUAGGAUUCAGAGUUCUUAGUAUGCUCAGGCUAUGGCGUCUCAGACGAGUUAGCUCGCUCUUUGCGAGGCUUGAGAAAGAUAUCCGAUUCAACUAUUUCUGGACACGAUGCACAAAACUCAUAUCGGUCACUUUGUUUGCAGUACAUUGUGCUGGAUGCUUCAACUACCUUAUCGCAGAUCGAUAUCCCGAUCCAACGAAAACAUGGAUCGGAGCUGUGUAUCCAAAUUUCAAGGAGGCAAGCCUAUGGAGUAACUAUGUGACCGCUCUUUAUUGGUCGAUUACGACAUUAAGCACAACAGGAUAUGGAGACUUACAUGCUGGGAAUCCAAGAGAAAUGUUGUUUUGUGUCUUUUUCAUGCUUUUCAACCUUGGUUUCACUUCUUACCUCAUUGGAAAUAUGACCAAUCUUGUGGUUCAUUGGACUAGCCGCACCCGAACCUUUAGAGAUACAGUUAGAGCUGCUUCAGAGUUUGCAUCAAGAAACCAACUACCACCAAACAUACAAGACCAAAUGUUAUCACACAUUUGCUUAAAGUUCAAAACAGAAGGUCUUAAACAACAAGAAACUUUAAAUGGAUUACCGAAAGCGAUUCGGUCAAGCAUCGCAAACUAUCUCUUCUUCCCUAUCGUUCAAAACGUCUAUUUAUUCGAAGGAGUUUCUCGCAACUUCCUCUUUCAAUUGGUUUCAGAUAUAGACGCCGAGUAUUUCCCACCUAGAGAAGAUGUAGUUCUACAGAAUGAAGCUCCUACGGAUCUUUACAUCUUGGUUUCAGGAGCAGUGGAUUUUACUACCUAUGUUGAUGGAGAAUAUCAGAUUCAAGGAAAAGCGGUCGUUGGAGAUGCAUUUGGAGAGAUUGGAGUGUUAUGUUAUACACCACAACCUUUCACUGUUAGGACAACCGAACUAUCGCAAAUACUACGAAUAAGCAAAGCAUCGCUAAUGAGUGCUAUGCGAGCUCAUAUCGAAGAUGGACGUGUCAUAAUGAACAAUCUCUUCAUGAAACUUAGAGGGCAACAAUCGAUAGCGAUUGAUGAUCCGAGUAACGAACCAGACUUCCUCCUCCAAGAAUGGCUUGGUGGAGGUCCAAAGAGAGGAGAAGGAAAUGUUAGUGAUCAAGAUCAAGGGCACAAAUAUUUACAACGGAACGAUUCGGAAAAUAUCGAUUCAAGAAACGCGCAAGAACAAAACCAAGAAAUCGAUGAAAAAGGUUGCUCUAAUGCAGAUCUUACUUCAUUUGAGUUUCAUUCAAAAGAAACAUAUCCAUAUCGCAAAUCGAGCAUCGCGGUAAAACAAUACGAAGCUUCAAAACCGAGAGAUAGGAGAGUUACCAUUCACUUCAAAUCGCGGGAAAAAGAUUUGUCGAAGUUGAUAAUCCUACCUGCUUCCAUAGAAGAGCUACUAAAGCUUGCAGGUGAGAAAUUUGGAGAUGGAAGCUUCAAAAUGGUGACCAAUGCGGAAAACGCAGAAAUUGAUGAUAUUGAUGUCAUUAGAGAUGAAAAUUAG